AUGGCUCGCUCCCUUGUGCUGACCGGUGCUGUGCUGCUGUGCUCGGGCGCGCUCUUCAGCGCAUUCGUGCCCGUUGCCCGCGCUCCUGUGUCUGCCCCGGCCACCAAUGCAGGCACUGCGGCAGCCCUGAGCGCAGCAGUCCUGGCGACGCCACAGGCGGCGUUCGCGGAUGAGGGCUCUGUCUGGAUCCCUGCGCUGUCCGCCAUCGGGGCUGGCUUCGCAAUCGGAUUGGCAGCCAUCGGCUCCGGAGUCGGCCAGGGCAUCGCAUCGGGCAGGUGCAUUGAUGGCAUCUCCCGGCAGCCUGAGGUCGCGGAUGACCUGCGAGGAGUGCUUCUGCUGUCCCUGGCCUUCAUGGAGUCCCUGACCAUUUACGGAUUGGUGAUCGCCCUGGUGCUCCUCUUCGCCAACCCGCUCAUCAAGUGA